GGGGCAGCGCGGCAUGGCGGCGGGAGGGUGGUGAGCGGGGCCGGGCGGGGCGGGUUCUGUCCCGGGAACGGGGUCGGGCUUCAGUCCGGGGGCGUCGAGGGGCUCUCGGGAGAGGAGCUCGCGGUGCUGCCGGUCACCGAGAGGCAGGUCCCGGCUCGCAGGCGGGCUGCGUGGCCUCGCGAGAGCUGUGGGUGCCGGAGCGCAGGCCGGGGCGAGCGGGGCGGCUCCCAGGCGGCGCCGCUGCUGCCUUGGGCAGGGCGGUGGCAGCCCCGUGCUCCGUCGUGUGGUGGGAACUCUCGUGCUUUGUCGCUCUUCGUUGGUGUCUGAAAGAGGACUUCCCAUUGGAAUUUGUACCGAGAAAACCCCAGGUCUUUGCCACCAAGGCUGGCUAAGAUGCUUUGGCAAAUACUAGAGAUGUUAUGUUGGGAUUGUUGAGUGCAAGGGCUUUAUAAGCAAGAAUAUCGAGGAACAGAGCCUGAGUGGCUGAGAAAUUGAGUUGGGACUCAGGAGAACAAUUUGUGACUGUCACAAACUUCCUGUGUGGCCAUUGCAGGCAGUUGGUGUCGUACAGCACAGCAGCAGCACGGCCGUGAAUACAUACACAAGAAGCCGCUCUCCUUGAGAACAGUAGAGCAGCAGGCUGUCUGCACUAUGGCUGCUGAACGGCAUUACUCCCCACCGGAGAUCCCUGAGCCCACGCUGAUGGAGACUGUGCUGCACCACGGACUCUUCUUUGGAGCCAUUUUCCAGCUUCUCUGUGUGUUAGCCAUUAUCCUGCCAGUUUCCCAGUCCCGUAAGACAGACUCGGAUGGUUCUGGGACUAAGACCUGGGAGGCGGUGAAGAAACCAAAGGCAAGUGCUGCGCAGCUAAGUAAGAAACCCAAGAAGGAAAGCAAAAAGAAACGAUAAGGGCUUGACCGACAAGCCUCAAAAGACAAAGGAAUCACCUGUAAUGCUUCCUCAGAGAUUGUACCAAAGGCAUCCGAGUAUGUCGUCUGGUUUUCUGGCAUUGCCAUGCUUUACCUUUCGCAGACAAUGGAGAGGAACUGAGGAAACUGGAAGGGAAGGGCUUCUGAUGUGUUACAAGCAGAGAGUCAUAAGCAGGACUUUAUGUGAUGUGAUUCAUGGGUCAGUCCCCAUCCAGUGUAGUAUGAGACUGAAAUAAGGCUAGACGGGACUGGAGAGUGGGAGGUGGUGACGUAGCCACAGAGUAAGGCAUCUUAAGCUUCUUGAUGCCAGCUCACAUCUUGGUUUUUUAGACCACAAAUGAGUCAGUGGGAGGAGAACCUGCUGUGUGAGGUGCCUCAGGGCUCAGAGCGGCUUUGAAGGAAAGGCUUCUGUGGCAGGGCUGCAAGUCUGCCAUCUUUUUGCAUACGUAGACUGCCAUCCUCCAUUGACAAAGGCAUUGUGAGCCCAGGUAUGGCAGUAGUGCUGUUAGGUUUCUGGUAGAGAACAGACGCAGAACAGCACAUUUGCUGAAACCAUCAGUUUGCUGCUCUCCCUUGCUGUUGGUGGAAAUGACGAGUGGACAGCACAAGGAAAGCAGAACAAAGCAUGUGAGACAAAAGCACUCUGAAGUUGCUUGGACAUCUCAGGACAAAGAAACAUGACAAAAAUUUCCCAUGCAAACAACACAAACUGGUAUCGUUGUUGAGUUUCCAUGGGUGAGGAUGGUAGUUGUUUUAUCUAACUCUGUCCUUCUGCAGGUUCCCUAAAGGUGGGCUCUGUUGCAUUCUUCUAACAGAGGCACAACUACUGAAAGAGUAAUGCACGCAUUACCCAAAAUACAGGAGUGCUUCCACAGCCAAAAACUGGUUGCCAUGAGCCCUGUGUGGUUGUUACCUCGGAGCAGCAGGCUGCUUCUUUCUCUGACUGAACGAGACUGAAUGAGUCAUUGCUAACUGGAAAUCCUGGAUGCUGGGGUUUCAUUUUGGGGGGGUGUGAAUUGAGGAAAGCAGAUUAGGCUAAAAGUUAUGUGCCUUCAUGAGGUGUUGAAUCGGCAGCUGCAGAUCUGACCUUGCUAAGCCAGGUUCUCACUGCUGAUAACAGAUGCUUUUCUACGGACUUGGACAGUUAGUGCAGACAGCGGGUGUCCUGUCUUUGCACGUAACAUCGUUAGCUCCCCUAUCUCUGGAAUGCAAGGUAGCAGGCUCAAAGAGUAAAACCACAAAUUAACAAAGAAGCGGCGGAUUGGUGAACAGAGUUGUGGCUGAUGAGACGACCAAUCAGAGCCACCCAUCGUAACCCAAGCCCAAGAAAAUAGCACCAUGACCUUCAUCAGAAAGACCACCGAGAGACACGCGUGUGUAAAAGAGCUGAGACUUGGGGCGGGGGGGGGGGGGGGGUUGUCAGUCCUUCUGGGGACUCAUUGUAAUAACCCAACCUUUUCUUGGACAUCUAAUGCACAUGUAAGCAGCUUGGUCUUUAAGUAUGUGCCUUUCUUGCCCUCCGGCAUGCAGGCUAGGUGGGCAUAUCCCCCCCUGCAUCUGGCGUGUGCGCAGCGCUGAUUAGACAUACCUGCUUUAUAACUACUCAGAGGUGGGAUUGUGCUGUAUUUGCAGUUGGUUCCGAACGGCUCGAUACCUGUUUUGGAAUGUUGAUUAGCUGAACUUACGGUAUGCCUUUAGUAAUUACCGUAUUCCACAUUUUAUUUUCUGUUGAAAUAUAUACUAAAUACAACCAAAAUAUUUUUGUUUAAAAUAAAAGCAAGAAUAACUUUUUAAAAA